AUGGCUGACACUACAGAGCCACAUACGGAGGAGCUCCGCAAUAUGGCCUCCCCCGAAGAAGAAGAAGAAGAAGAAGAAGAAGAAGAAGAAGAAGAAGAAGAAGAAGAAGAAGAAGAAGAAGUUAGAGAAGAAGAAGAAGAAGUUAGAGAAGAAGAAGGGGGAGACCGAAAAAAGCCCAAGCCCCUGAGCGCCGCCCAGAUCGACUACGCCAUCAAGCAAUUCGACUGGACAAACCAGAAAAUCGACCGCGCCAUGGGUCCAGGCACGGACGACUACUACCAUCAUCGUCAUCAUCAGAAGUGUACUAAUAAUUCUCUCUCUUCUUUUUUUUUUCGCUCUGCUCCAGAAGUCACUUGGUCAGACAUCAUCGCCCACCAAGUCCCCCGCUCGCUCGCCAUCUCUUCUUCCUCUUCCUCCCCUUCCUCUUCCUCUUCCUCCUCUUCCCCCGUCACCACCGAUAACAACAGCCGAGAAACCCCUUCUUCCCAACAAGUCCUUUGUUCACUUUGUCUCCAACCAACGAUUACACGCUACUACCGCCCUUGCGUUUUCCUGCGCCAAGUCCGACUCCGAGCGGUGUUUCGGUGCUCGAAUCCGACGUGUGCGAACCGGUUUUGGGGGGGUAUGCGGAAGGGAAAGGGGAGUGUGGGGUUUGAGGGCAUGGAGGAGGGCAUGGAAGAGGGGAUGGAGAAGAUGGGGGAGAAGAUGGGGAAGAAGAUGGAGGAGGUUGGGGAGGAGAAGAGAGGGGAGUGUGUUGAGCAGGGAGAAAAGAAGGAGGAGGAGGAGGGUGGUAAUGACGAUGAUGAUGUGAAGGUGGAGGUGAAGGAGGUCGAGGAGGAGGAGGAGGAGGAGGAGAAGAAGGAGACCGAGGAGGAGGAGGAGGAAGUGGAAGAGACUGGUGAGAAUGAGAAGAAGGAGGAAGUGGAAGAGACUGGUGGAAAUGAGAAGAAGGAGACCGAGGAGGAGGAGGAAGUGGAAGAGACUGACGAGAAUGAGAAGAAGAAGACCGACGAGGAGGAGGAUGACGAGGCGAGAGCUUCGUCCUUGGCCAAGUCUUUUGAGGUCAUGUCUUUGGAAGUUAGCUCUACGUCUCUAGUAGUGGAGUGA